GACACGGAAAGCGCCGCCCUCGGCGACAGCAUCGAGGCCCUCAUCACCCGCUGGCAAGCGUGCACCGCAGGCCUCCAACACCUUCAACAUGCGGCAACCGAGGCAUCUCGGCCCAUUGGUGGCCUUAACAACUUGCUCAGGGUACAGCAACGUGCCCUCGACAAGCUCGUCCAGAAGCAGCGUGGCGGCUCAUCCUCGCCCUCGUCGACUCCCAUCGCCCCUGCUCAAUACGCCGGCAUGAAGAGCUGCUGUUGGGACGACAGAUGGGCUGUUGUCAGCAAGUUGCGCGGCCUCGUUCACAUCAAUAAGGACUUCCCCAGGAGUCCCCGCAUGGCCGUGUCCGCCGAGGCUGGCUGGCUUGCCUUCAAGGACCAGCCGUUUCAGGAGAAGCCCGUCUCCAUCGACGCCGUCGUCGACAGCGGCGCUACCUGGAUAAAGUUUGUGUCGAUUUCAUCCAGGACGCUAGAGUACCAAGUUGUGGCCGAGGGUUGGGAGAGCGAGUCCUCGGACUCUGACAUCGACGAAGGCGGGAACGACAAAGACGGGAAGUCAUCGGCCUCCAAGGGACAUGGAGACGGCGGAUUGGCAAACACCGAGUUCGCCGACUCAAUCGAGAAACUGGUCCUGGCAGCGCGCUGGAACCAUAUCCCCCGCAUUCACCUCAUACUAUCCGCGCUCCGCGAGGGCCAGUCUGACGUCAUCGACAGGAUGAUUGCCUAUGUGCGUGGCCAGAUGGGCGGCGGCGACGUUUCCGUCACGGUCAGCUGCGCUAAUAGCCCCUUUGUCGUCGCCCCCCCUCCUCCGCUGGAUGCAGCCAUUGCCGCUCUGGUUGGUGGCCGCGGCCCUCUUAUAGGCGACGACUGCAGUCUCGUCACACCCACUGUGAAUCUCGACCCGAGCGUGCUUGUCGCCCUGGUAACAGACCUACACCACGGGCCCGUAGAUCUCCAACCCGAAGCUCAGCGUCAGAUCAUAGUAAAGUCCAUUCUCGACCACGAGACGGACAGCAGCCACGAGCUAGUGCCGCGUCAGGACAUUCUAGCCUCUGUCUUGUAUCCAGUCCUGCGCGGGCGCAAGCUGGUGUGCACCCGCUUCGCCGCCCAGUAUUUGCGGCAACUGAUUGGCGCCAUCUCGACGCAUUCAGAAGAACAGCGCGCAUCUUUAAUCCUUCCGCCUCCAUCCUCCUCGCCCGACAGCCCUACCCCCGUCGACGAGGAAGAGCUCCGACGAGAAUUCCAAAAGUGGUCCAACCUCCCCGUGCCUGAAGACCUCCAUCUCCCCGUCGAGAUUGUCGACGACCUAAACAUGACCGACGUCGAGCCGCUCAUUGCUGCCGGCAAGCUCCCACCUAUGGCGGCCGGCCUGGCGCGCGACCUGUCUCGUCUGAACCGUUCCGUCUACCUGUGCGGGUGGGCGAACUGCCUCACUACCGUUACGGGCCACCGCGGCAUCGAGCGGCAGGUCCGCCUCUCGCUGGCAAGACACUGGACGCCGAGCUCGGUGGAGAAGAACGAGCGCCCGCCCGAUAUCUGGCACCGGCACCUCGGCGGCUACCUGAUCCACCGCGACAAGCCCAAGGACUGGCGCGCCAUGCUGCCCCCCUCGGCGGACGGGUCUGCAGAGGGCCAGGUCCCCGCCGAGGUGGUCCGUUGGACAAGCCCCUGGACGACUUGGGGCCGCGGUAUCAGCACCUACGGGCUGCCCGACACGAAGACGUGGGACGGUGUCGGCCACGACGAUAAACAGGGCUACGGGCGCCGAGUAAACGCGAAAGAAGACCGCGGGGGC